CAUACACAUUUCAACCUUUAUUGUUCGGAGACUUACAAAAUUUUUGUAUCCUUGAAAUUAUUAUGUUCGUUUUGAUAAAGGUAAUAACAUUGUAUAAAAUUAGGGCUAAUUACCAGUUCAAAAACAAAGGAUUUGAAUUUUUUGUUUGAAAUUAAGUCGUAAUGUUUUGAAAAGUUAUACUUUACGUUUCUGAAACGUAGUAAAUAAUGUGUAGAUAGUACAUGGCCUCUUUAAAACGCAAUAAGGCGUCGUAAUCUUAGUUAGACAUAAUAAAACGUAAUUUAGCAAUGGCUUACUUCGGAAGACGCGAUGUUACGUAUAGUGCCCUGAGCAACGAAAUCACUCCACCUUUAGGUGGAUUGGCUGACAAUGUGAACAUAACGUCGCCUAAAGGCAGUGUAGAUGCUGAUCAUGAAGAUUACAGUAAGGUGAUCAUCCACGAAGUGCCAAAAACGAAAGGAGGAUGGAAUCACAUAGAUGAUUUAGAUUCAUUCUUUGUCAGAAUGUAUAGAUAUUAUGUGAGAGGAGGCUUUUAUCCAAUGAUAAUGUCAGAUUUGUUUUGUCUGCUACAAUUGAUUUUUAUCAUGUGGUUCUCAACAUUUCUCGUGCACUGUGUAAAUUAUCCCAGAUUGUUCAGGAAUGAUGAAAUCGCAAACCGAAGUGAAAAACUCAGCUUGAAUGAUGUAAUAUAUCCAACAGAUGAGUGUAUUGAGAGCAUAUCAUGGAAAUGGUGGUGUCUCAUUGUUUUAUGUUCUGUCAUAUGGAUUAUGAGAUUGUUCCUGUCGAUUUACCAAUUAUACUAUGCGUAUGAUACAAAGCUAUUUUACAACAAUGCCCUCAAAAUUAACGAGAGUGAUCUGGCCUGGGUGAACUGGUCAACAAUACAAGAUAGGGUACGGGAAGCACAACCUGAACAUCACAUGUGUGUUCACAAGCAAGAGAUAACAGAAUUAGAUAUAUACCAUAGGAUACUCAGGUUCACAAAUUACAUGGUGGCGAUGGUUAACAAGAAUUUACUGCCAUUGCAAAUACAUAUACCAUGCGUUGGUAACUUUCAUUAUCUGUCGAGAGGUUUGAAAUGGAACUUGGAGUUUCUCUUGUUUUCUAGUCCGUGGAGUCCGUGGGAGAACUGCUGGCAGCUCCGUAGAUGCUACAAGGAACAUUCAAAGAGAAUGAUUCUGGCACGACAACUCCAAAGGCAGAUUGUUGUUCUUGCAUUACUCAAUUUUCUCCUUGCACCAUUUAUUCAAGCCUGGCAAAUAUUGUAUUUCUUCUUCAACUACGCUGAGUUAAUAAAGCGGUCGCCUGGAUCGUUAGGGCUUCGUACGUGGUCUUUAUACGCUCGCGUCACCCUGAGGCAUUUCAACGAGCUCGAACACGAACUACGCGACCGACUGAACCGAGCCCACAAGCCCGCGACGAAGUACCUCGCCAGCUUCACAUCGCCCAUAACUACUGUUAUAGCCAAAAAUGUAGUGUUUCUCUCGGCCAGCGUGUUGGGUGUUUUGGUCUUCCUGUCCGUCUAUGAUGAAGACGUGCUCACUGUGGAACACGUGCUCACUAUCAUAACGGUUCUCGGGUGUGUUGUGGCCGGCGCAAGGGCUCUAAUAGGCGACGAAGAACGUCUGGGCGGUGGUUGUACGGGCCCGGCUCGCGGCGAGGAGCUGUUUGUUCAAGUACUGGGACACGUUCACUAUUUGCCAGCCGCGUGGCGCGGUAGGGCCCACACGAAGGACGUCGCAGCACAUUUUCAACAGUUGUUCCAGUUUCGGGCGGUUUACAUAAUAUUCGAGUUGUUAAGUCCUCUGCUCUGUCCUCUCGUCCUGUUGUCGCUUCGAACUCGAGCACUUGACAUCGUCGACUUUUAUAGAAACUUCACAGUUAACGUGCUGGGCAUCGGCGAUGUGUGUUCAUUUGCGCAGCUGGAUAUACGACGUCACGGUCAUCCUGAAUGGCAAACACCAGGGAAAUAUGCUGAAAAAAUGAAUGGCAGUACGCAGUACGAUCAAGGUGAAGGUGGGAAGACUGAGUUGUCUCUGGUAGCGUUUUCAUGUCGGCACCCAGGCUGGCAACCCACAGAGCCAUCGCAGAGGUACUUCCUGAAAUCACUGAAGCAGAGCAUGUACCAAGCGAUUCCUUCCAACAAUCAACUCAAUAGAACCAUGCUUGGUUCAUAUAUCCAGCAGAGUCUGUUCGGUGCUGUAACUCCACUUCCAGCCGUACUCUCAUAUUAUCCGCAACAGACCAAGCAGAACUACAGGUUACCAGAAAUGGACGAGCUGAGUGAUGAAGAGGAACCGCCGAUCCCGGGGCCCGCUUCACGUUCCGCAGCUCGCUCGACGUCGUUAGGUCUCGCUGGUGUCAGUUCGGCUCUUGGAGUCAGCGCCGUGGGGCUCGCUCCCCAGCAGCAGCAGAAACCGGGCGACGACACGCACGACAUGUCCGUCAGCACGCUGCAUCUGUACGACUUGCAUCUGUCGAAGGCUGGCCCAAGUGAAUCCGCGUGCUGCACUAACAACUGCAGCGGGCGACAGCGUGACGAGGGCCCUUACCACUGGGGCACCGAAGAGACGCCUCUCCUACACCGUCCCUAACAUUGGACCUUGUCCUCGCCCUGCGUCCCGAAGCAUCCAGUCUGGGUGUAGAACAACGCAGCGCCGAGGCAAAAUCGACGACCGGUAUACUAUGUUAGUGUCUAUUUUAGAUAAACAUGAAACUGUUAUUUGCGUUCUUUAUGCCCUACCAUACGGGUCUGGACUCUAAUACUGUUUUUAUGUAAACGGUAAAAUGUGUGUUUUUGCGUUUGGAUGCGCCAUUAUUUCAUCGUUAGUCGUCUGAUGUAUGACGAUUAAUUUGGUUUAUUCGCUGUUAUGAUACGACCGUUUAGAACGUAGCUGUGGUCUCGUUUGGAUUAAAAAAGAAAAAUAUAUAUUUUUGUUUUGUUAAAUUUUCAUUUAUAUAGAUCGGUGGUAGUGGUGGCUAACAAGUUGAACGGUAAAUGUUAUUAAAAUUAUUAAAAACUGAUGACUCGGGGUUAACGUUCGUACAUGUGUGGGGGUAAGCAUUCGCCAGCCUUCAUGCGGGGUUUAUUAACUGAGGUUGUUGACUUGUAGGUUUUGUACGUUUUCCAAUGACGGCUCUGCAAAAUAAAAAGUAAACUACCCUGAAUGAAUUAGUUGACUCCCAAGUUUUGUACGCUUUCCAAUGACGGGUUCGCGAAAUGAAAAGAGAAGUGAUAAUGAUAUCGAUUUCUGGAUUAGAAUUAGUACUUUGUUUUCUUUUUUUUGUUAAGGUACCAUAUUACUUGAGUCUUGUGUUUAGGCCCGGUUUCUUUGCAUUCUGCGUUUUAAAGGUAAUACCAAUAUUGCAAAAUAAAAGUUUAACCGUACAAACAUUUAAAAUCUGUAGCAAACGUAUAAAAAAGCUAAAGCAUUUUUAUUGAUACAAAAUGAAUAAUAAACAAAUUUCUAAUUUUAUUUCUAUCAAAGUUGCCUUACUCUGACUUGUUGCUCGUCUUACCACUAUCACUAAAUAAAAACAAAACAGAAUUGCACGUGAGCUCUUUGCGUCAGAUUCUUGUUUGUAUUGCGACGUGACGUCACAAGUUUUGGCCAACACAUUGGUGAGCUUGGUCAAAUCACGUCACCAAAUUGAUGGGAUCGAGUAUUUUUCUAGCAUAAUGCAAACGAAACUAACAGGUCCGCAUUCUAAAGUCGUAUCGUAAAACAAUAUGUAACAUUGAUGAGGUUGGUUACAGAUUUGCACGCCCCUAUUUAGAAUGUGUUUGCGGAUAAGCAUACAAGUUUGAUCCGCUUCGAUUUGCCCAAAAGAGUAAUAUAUUUUUUGAGUCACAUUUUGAGGCGAUUUUUUACCAUAAAAGUGGUCAAAUGACGACGAAAUUUCUAUGAACCCAACCACGGAUAGUAAGGUCGAUUGUUUGUAAAGGAAUUGUUGCAUGACGUGGAUUUGACAUUUUGUGAUGAAUGCUUUUCAAAGCUGGUACUCAAAGCGCUUGGCUUUGUUUUUCUAAACACGUUAUUUAUGUAUUUAUGCAAAUCUGUAACCACAGUCUGUAUUGAUAACAUUUUGAAAAAAAAAGAAAAAAAAAUUAAAAAAAUAUAUAUUUUUGUAAUUGUGUAUUUUUCGUAGGUUUUUGAUUUGAUGGAACGCAUCUGUCAUUAAAAUAGGGUUAUAACACAAUAUGACGUUUGCAAGUGAAUACUCAAUUCAAAGCCGGUUUGCAUAAUACAUUCGUGUGUGCUAGCUGUUGGAUGCUGAUCAAAUUGAUUUAUGAAACAGGAUAAAAAAUGAAAAAAAAAAAAACGUUCUCAUGAUUAAAAUGUGAUAGAAAAAGUGAAAAUAAAAAAAAAGCAUCUUAAUAUAGAAUACGUAGUUGUUACAUAUUUUUCGUAUACUUCUUUUAAUAUAUAUAUACUCAUUCCCAAAGAAGCGAUGUAAUAAAAUGGAUAAAAAAUUAAUAAAAUUUAUUUCUUUACAUAUUAUGGCUUUAAAGAAACAAAAAUGGUUAUUAAAGCAAUAUUAGUCUAAGUGUAGAUUUUUAUAGUAGUACACGUAUUGCAAAGCUAAACAUUGGCUCAGAUUUUUUCACAUUUCUUAUUGAAGUGCGAAUAUUAGUAAACAAUGCUACUCUUACAUUCGUUUCGAAUGAAGAUGUUUAAUUUGUUUAGUUGAAAAUCGAUGCAGAUUUUAAUAGAUAAAAGAAUUUGAUUACUGUACUUAGGAAUUUUUAAUUUUUCCGUUUUGUUUGAUGCUCUAUAAAAUGUAAACACGUCAAGAAGUGGAUUUAAGUAAUUCGUUCCUUUUUUUACCCACAAAAAUAAAGAAUUCCUAAUUUUCUAAAUAAUGAAUAAUUUUUUUUUAGAUCAUUAUCGCAUUGUAAGCUACGUUUGCAAAACUAAAUUAUUCAUAUGUCAACCUCGUUCAGCAUCAAGUCUAAGAACUAAAUUGAUUCAGGGAUACAAUAUCCAAACAAUGGUGGCCGCAAACAGUCCUACUCCAGAGUAGGUUAAUUUCUGGGUCAGCAGUUUCGCCGAAAAUUUCCUCAAAAACAUCACAUUAACCUGCUACAGCUAAUUCUUAACUAAUUUUAUUGCAUUAAUACAAAGUUUUAUUAAACGAAACUGUUUCUUCGGCAACAAUAACACUAAUCACCAAAAUAAAAAUUGCUCCUUAGAGAUAAAUCAGGAUUACUACUAAUUUCCGCGACAAAAAAAAAAAAAAAUAAUGGUGAACUAUAUGUGUGAUAUUGGUAGGCACCGAAAAUUCGAGGACUGUCGUCGCAGCCAAGUCUCUUGAAGAUUAGACACUAACGAUCUAUUUCUUCUUUAUAACACCAGACUUGACACAAUUAAGGCCAUGAAUGCCCACCUUUUGGUACUUAAAUCGUUGCUAUACCAAAAAUACGGCACAAGUCAAGUUUGCUUACUUUUCAGCAAAUAACCGGAGACACAUUUAAAGAUUUUUCAAGUUACAAGUGUUCGCUUUUCAAUAGCUAGUAAUAUCUGUUUAAGUGUUUGUUUCUACUGAAAACUAAGCAAGUAUGAGUGAUGGGUUGAUAUUGUCAAAAAUUUGCAUCACAAGAUGACGGAGUAUUCGUUUCGAUUUUGACGUUCUAAUUUUGACAGCUGUCAAUAAGUAGAGAUGUGCAAACGCAUUUCUAUAAUACUAAUAAUAUGAACUAAGAACCGAUACAAAAAUAUAUCUCCUCUGAUGUGUUUCUGCAGUAGAUAUUGAGACAAUAUUUUUCACUCAUUUCUUGCUCUGUCGGUUGGCCUUAUUUAUUCGUUGUGAUAUUUUCAGUCGAACUUGUGAUUUAAUACUUAUAUAAAUGAGUACUUAUUCUACAAAGAUCGGUUGGCAAACAAAGCGAGCGAUUUAUUUCAAAAUUUUGCAUAUUAUCGUGUUUAUGAAAAAGAUAUGAAUACUUAUUUUUGGAUACCUAUGAAUAUUUUUCAAAAUUUUUGCAAUCGUGAAAACUUUGAUAGUAGAAAAAGGUAAAAUUAUAAAGGAAAUAAUAUAAGAAGUUUUUGUGGAAUUCCUUUUUAGGUCACAAAUCGUGUUCAUAGAAUCUGAAGCAAUGUUAUAUUAGGUGAUUUUAUUGAUAAUGUUAACUCUUUUUUAUUUCGACACUUGGGAAAGAAAUUAUUGUUUGAACAUCAGUAGGGAAUACGUAAGAACGUAGGGUGCGCAUAAUGCUGCUUGCUCGCUUACGCUAAAUGCUCUACUUGGAAAUAUAAAAACGAUAUCAUAAAAUUAAAAAAAGAGGUAUUUGUUCGUUUAAAUAUCUUUUUUAUAUCCAUAUAAAUUUUAGAAAUAUUUUAGCAAUUACAGAACGAAAGUUACGUUUGAAAAUUAUUAAACAAAAACAGUGAUUACGGGAACAUUGUCAAUUUCGAUUUGCUAAGAUGUUAUAAAAAAAAUAAACUUUAAAGCUACGUAGUACGAAUAUGCUUAGUUUACUUUUAAAAUUUAUAAUGUAAGGUUGUGCUUAACAAUAUUUCAGUACAGCGAAUAUGUAAUUGUAGAGAACACGAAACCAAAUCCUAUAAGAUAAACAUUUACGAAUAAAGACAAGGAAGGGCUUUGAAGUAUGUUCUUGAUUCAAAUUUAGUAUUUGUGUAAAUAUAGUAAUAAAAAAAAAUUUGAUCGGGCAUUAUUUUAAUUGGGCUGUGAAUUAUUUGAUAUCGAAGUUGAAAUUUUACGUACAAAAUAGCUUUAUCUGGUAUUUUAUGAGACUUUUUAUAUAUUGGAAGAAUAAUGAAAUGAUAGAAAUCAAGCUAGGGCAAUCAAUAUAGGUGUUUCAGUGGUAAAUUAAAUGAGAGUAUUACAGCUUCUGUGCUGAUUAAAAAUUAAAGAUCUCUUUUUGUUAUUGGAACCCAUGUUUGACGAAAAUAAGUGCAUUACUCUUUGAAUAAUAACUCUAUAAUUAUUUAUUUCCUUGCACUUAUAUCUUAUUGUUGUGCUGUUGCCAGUUCUCUCUAGAAAUAUUUCUCUUUAAUAUAGUAGUCUGUGGUUUAUUAACCUUAAAAGAACGAUACUACAUGACGUAUUAUAAAAAAAAUCUGUUUAAUUUUGAUUCUGUUGAUUUCGCAGUCUGUCCUUUUCUAGUAAUGCACAAACGUGUUUACUCGUAUAUUAUUUAGUUAGACAUUUGGCGUGGAAGAUUUGUAGUCGUAGUUUUAUUAUUAAAAAAAUAUGUACAUUUUUAUGUACUUAGUUGAUUUUAUUUUUUAUAUUUUUUAACAAUGUCAUGUAAUGGAAUGGAAAGGAAUGUUGUUUGUGAUGUUUUAUUUUUAUUUUGUUGAAUCCAUGAUGAUGAAGUCCAUCAUUUAACUAUGACGGGUAAUUUACUAACAGUGUCUAAUGUUAAGUAAUUAAAAAGUUAGUAAUAUCUCGGUAAUGACAAAUUAUAAUUAUACGAAUAUGUUGACCGUUACAGUUAAAUUUUGAAUCUCAUCCUUUAGUUUUAACGUUGAGUGUCCAUUUUAAUUAAAUAUCUAAAUAUACAUGCGCCUUUUAUAUCGCAUUCUCCCUUUAACUAACGUAAUGUAUAAUUCUAUUUUCAAUCUUAAUUUUAUAUUUAUAAUGUUCAAUGAGAUUUAUUGUAAAAACAAUGUUCGAAAAUUCCUUUAACUGAAUUUCAUAGUUACGGCAUUGAGUCUUCUUGAUUUUAAUUGGUUUAUUAAUUCAGGAAUAGUAAAACAUUUGUCAAAUAAAUUAAAUUCGAUGUUUAUUGGCUAAAAGCUGAGCCGAGUAGGCAUUACUCAAUUACGUAAUAUUAUGUUAUUAAUGAAAAUGAAAAAUAACCUAUCAGAUUAAAUAGUACGAACAAUCAACUAUAUGAGCAAUACGUAUGCGCAGGCGUUUGACAGUAUUGCCAUAUUCGUCGUUUGGAAAUGUUUGUUGCUACAAGACAAAAAGACAAAAGUUGCGCCAUGUUGUCUAAUGUCAAAAUUUGAAAUGUUUAGCCAAGGUAGUGUAUAUUGGCGAUUGGUAUGUUAUCAAAUUAAAUUAUCUAAAUUAAGUUUCGGUGA